AUGGCACAGCUACCUCAGCCUUCAACAGUUCAACUCGAACUAAGCCCCGUCUCAACCAUAAUUUCCCCUGGACCUAUUACUGCUCCCCCACUCCCUGUAGCCCCAAGCAUCAUCCUAGGCGAAGGGGCACCCUUGCUCGAAGGCGACUGCACCGCGACUUCGUUCUCCAUGAUACAAGGUGAUGACAAGGUGUUUUAUGUUCCUUUCAUCGGCUGCGACAACUCGAGACCGGAGUGUUGUCCAUUCAGUGUUCGCACAGUCGCCGUUGCUGAUGGCAGCAAACAACAAGCGAACCGUAUGGCGGCCGUUCCCGGGCAGUUUCCACAACCUCAGUCAGGAGACACUGCGAAAUUGGUGAAAUGUCCUAUGGACUAUUACAGCGUUCCUAGAGGAUUAUGUUGCCCAAAUGCAACCCCUUUUUUCAGCUCCUUAAUUGAAAAGGCCUCCCCGCCUGUGAUAACGGCAGGUGACGCGAAGAAUCCCGCCAACUCUGAUUUCCCGACGUCGGCAAUCUUAAAUGCGGCCUGGGCGAUUGGGUAUAGCCUUAGGGUGUCACAGGCAGGAGGCUCCAAUAGCUUGUCGCCAGGCGCCGUAGUAGAGAUUGCGGUUAGAGUUGGGAUGCUAGUCCUACUUGGAGCCUUGGUUGCGUUUGCACUGGUGAGUCAUAAAAAGAAGAAGAGGGAGGCUCAAAGUUUUAGUGGUCCAACUGUGGCACCAGGUGGAGGAGGGAUGGCACACCAGUCUGGGUAUCAUGCUCCACCGGGCAGUCCGCCACCUGCCUCAACUGCUUCACCAGCAGGAAGUCCAGGCGCCAAGUACGCAGGGAUAGUAUCAUCACAAUACGCCCCCAAUGCUGUCAAUGCUGCUGCUAGUGGCGGCGGUCAGGAAGAUGGCAAGAGCAACGACCUCUUUAUCCGUCUCGCCUGCGUAUGGACAUGGGUGGCAACAACAUCCAGUUUAUGA